CUUUUUUCCACGCAGUUGUUCAACUUUCUUCCCCCGUUGUUGUCCUCAUUCAACUCAACGACAAUAAGUUCACGAUGAAGUUCUCUGUCACCUACCUCGCGCUCUUCGUAGCUGGUACUCUCGCUCAGUUUACCAUUAAUACCCCUGCCAACGUUGUUGAGUGCCAGCCCACCCUCCUGCAGUGGUCGGGCGGAACUGCUCCCUACUACUUGAGCAUUCUACCCGGUGCGACUCCCAAUGGUGCUGCUGUUGAAAAUUUGGGACAGCAAAAUAGCACCUCAGUGACCUGGGUCUGCAACAUCCAAUCCGGGACAUCUCUUGGUCUCACCCUUCGCGACAGUACUGGCUUGACUGCACAGUCAGCGCCGUUCACCGUGAACCCCGGAUCUUCAACUACGUGCACUAACACCACGUCGCUUUCCUCUGGUCCAACUGUCGCAACUAGUGCUGCCGCACCGACUGGUACCACUCCUACUACCUCUGGUGUCAGCGGCACUGGUACUACUGCCCAUACCACCUCUGCAACCACUGCUGCCGGCUCAGCUUCGACAAGCUCUUCCGCUGCCUCCGCCAACGUCAUCCGCGUUGGCGCUGCCGGCAUUGCUGGUGCUGCUGCUGUUGUCGCCUUGCUUUUCUAGAUUUGCUCUGACAUCAAAAGAGCGAUACCAGUCGACGGACUUCCAGAGACAUUUACGGGUUUUCUUUUGCUAAUCAUUUACCUGCGACAUCUACAACGUACAUUAGGCUGUCUGCUUUCAGGAGUAUAGGAGUUUCACCCGACUGACGUUUACAUUCCCUCGUGCGACCGUGGGCUUACGUGCUCAUUGCUCUCACAAUUUCGAUUGGAUUGUGUCUUCCCCUUCAAUCGUUCUUUUGUUACAUAGACAUUCCGGCUGACGCUUUACCUUCGGAUGCUUGGGAGCUGCUGUUGUGCAGUGCAAUGAUCCGAAUGAUUUAUAUUCUAGCGUGCAUGUAAAUAGUUAAAAAUGUCGUUUUUUGUUUACUGAA